CCUGCGCUUUCGGCUUCCAGCCUCCAGAAGCUGCUGCAGCGGCCGCCUCCGCCCCGGGGCUUCGGCCUCCUGCCCGGCCAGCGGGCCAUGGAGCUCCGAGCAGCGGAUCGUGAGCAGCCGGCGCGCCCCAAACUGCCCGACCGUUUCCCUGGCAGUCGCCUCAGAGGCAGGGAACCUGCCCUCCGUUUCUGGGUCUUAGCAGGUGCCCUGCUCCCACCGCUUCCCCGCUGGAACUCUGGAGACAGCAGCCCCCUGGCUGCUGAGCAGCAGUGACGGCAUGAAGGCUCCGGGUCGGCUGCUGCUCGUCGCCUUGUGCUCCGUGGGCUUCUCGGCUGUCUACGUGCUGCUGUGUUGCUGGGCCUGCCUGCCGUUUUGCCUGGCCUCCUGCCCGGACCCUCUCCUCUCUGCCAAUGCCAGGCCCACCGUGCCAGGGCCCCUGCACUUCAGUGGAUAUAGCAGCGUGCCAGAUGGGAAGCCGCUGGUCCGAGAACCUUGUCGCAGCUGUGCCGUGGUGUCCAGCUCCGGCCAGAUGCUGGGCUCCGGCCUGGGCGCUGAGAUCGACGGCGCUGACUGCGUCCUGCGCAUGAACCAGGCGCCGACUGCCGGCUUCGAGGCGGACGUGGGCCGGCGCAGCACCCUCCGCGUAGUGUCGCACACGAGCGUGCCGCUGCUGCUGCGCAACUACUCGCACUAUUUCCAGCGGGCGCGGGACACGCUUUACGUGGUGUGGGGCCAGGGCAGGCACAUGGACCGGACGCUGGGCGGCCGCACCUACCGCACACUGCUGCAGCUCACCCAGAUGUACCCCGGGCUGCAGGUGUACACCUUCACCGAGCGCAUGAUGGCCUACUGCGACCAGGUCUUCCAGAACGAGACCGGCAAGAACCGGAGGCAGUCAGGCUCCUUCCUCAGCACGGGCUGGUUCACCAUGAUUCUGGCACUGGAGCUGUGUGAGGAGAUCGUGGUCUAUGGGAUGGUCAGCGACAGCUACUGCAGGGAGGAGAGCCACCCCUCAGUGCCUUACCACUACUUCGAGAAGGGCCGGCUGGACGAGUGUCAGAUGUACCUGGCACACGAGCGGGCGCCCCGCAGUGCCCACCGCUUCAUCACGGAGAAGGCUGUGUUUUCCCGCUGGGCCAAGAAGAGACCCAUCGUGUUUGCCCACCCAUCCUGGAGGAGCCAGUGACACACUGCCCGCUGGCUGCCCGCCAGCCUUGCCUUCAGCAAGCCUCUGUCCCGUCCUCAUCACAUCAAGUCUGUUUAAUUUAUGGACCCCGCCACAGGCCCCGGGCCCUAGAGACCCCUCCUGCCCUGCCCUGGGGACACCAGCCCUGGCGCCUGCCCAUCACUGUGUCCACCUACCCCGUGGGCCUCCAGACUUCAGGGGAGGAAAGUGUAUCUGGGGUGGUUCUGCCCCCUCCUCUCCACCCCACGUUCCUUGAGGCGCCUGAAUCUUCCUUUUGGGGUUCACCCACCUCCACACCUGUCCAGUGGCCUUGACCCCGGGCUGAUGGCGCCACACUCACCAGCACCAUGACCUUCCACCUGGCUGCAGUCCUGGCACUCUCUCUCCACACUUCCCCUCUACCCGCCUUUGGUGCCACACUUCCCAGCGGGCUGCCCUGUGAGGGCAGCCCAGAGCUUGGGGUUCCUUGGGAGAAGGGGCCUUUGAGCUGUGACUGCCAGGGCCGAUCUGGAGUGUACGGGUAAACGUGUGUCUUCCGGAAACUGUCUGCCGCGUGGCUG